AUUUAUAAUAUAACUUAAGUAGUGUAUUUAAUAUAAUAUAACUACAAAAUUAUUUAAAUAUUCAAUCUUUGUAGAAUAUAAUGGUAGGUGGAUUUAAUAGGUUUAAUUGAAAUAAUUUAGAUGUGGUUAAGUAACUUAUUUACUAAAACAAAAAACCAUGAAUGUGAUGACAGUAAUAAAGAAGAUAUCGUUAACGAGGAAUCAAUCAAUAUUUCAUCAAAUCAAGAAGAUAAACCAUUCAUAAAUGAUUUGAAAGAAAAAGUUGAACGCGUAAAAGAGAUAUACGCAAAAUUACAAACAUUAAAAGACAAACAAGAUUUAAAUUUAAAUAACAACUAUAUAGAUAAAGCACAAGAAAAAAAUGACCAAAGCACGUCGACAAAUGAAGAUGAAAAAAAUUUAGAAAUAAAUAAUUGUAGAUUAGAAGAUGUCCUAAGGAUUAUACCAAUUAUAGAAACAAAUCUACAAACACUUACCGAAAAAGUAUCUUGUCUAUCUGGCUUACUUGAUGAGAAGCAAAUCAAUGCCAAAACAUUAAUUGACCAAAAUAUUAUUUCAAACAGUUCUACUAUAAAUAGUGCUCCAAGCUCUGUAAACAAAUUAAACUGCAUUGCGAAUAAAACUACACUGUUAAAUAAAGAUACUUUACCGGAAAUAGAUUCUAAAGAAAAUAUGAAAACGCAUAAAAAGAAAUCAAGUAUUAUGAUAAAAAAAAAAGAAACUAAUCAAAAGGUUAAAGUUAAAAUAAAUUCUACCGAAAUUAUUGAUAAAAAUGAUGAAACAGAUCAAAUAAAGCACGAAGAAAAAGGUAUUAACAAUAGUAAGUUAGUUGACCAAUUGACCAAUUUAGAUUGUCAAUUAGAAUCCUUUUUUAAAAGUAUACAAUCAGCCUUAUCUCAAUACAAAAUUGAUCAAGUAAAAGAAAAAUCGGAAAUUAUGGAUAAUCUAUCCAGACUAGAGAAUAAAAUUAACAUAAACUAUUCAAAAAUGGAUAAAUUAAUGUCCAAUGUUGAUCACUUAAGUAAAACAAACGAUCAUGUUAAACACGUCUUUAUGCAUAACCAAUCAAGUAUCGAAAUAGAAAAUAGACAUGAACUGAAAAAAAGUAAAGAUGAUAUUAACGUUUGUAUUGAUAACCUUAUAAAACCAAAUCCUAAUGUAAAACAAACGCAACCGUCUAUUACUGCUGAUAAUCCAAACACGAGCAGGCAAAUUGGUGGCAAAUGUACAAUUAAUCGGUGUGUUUGCCAAUUAAUAGACCACACUAAUGCUGCUAAUACACAAAUUAUAAAUUCACACAAUGAUAACAAUCAAUCAAAGUACGGUGAUAUUAUUUUAUGUGAAUUUUUAAAAACACAGCCAACUUUGGAAAGGAUUAAACAAAACGAGUAUCAACCCAAAGUAGUACAGAUGAAUCAAUUAACAAAUCAAAUCAACGAACAAAAAAAUAACCAUUUAACAGUUUGUUCAAAUAAAUCGUGUCAUAUUACAAACAUUUGUGAUGGAAAUCAAAUCGAUGACCAAAAAACUAGCCAUUUAUCAGUAUGUUCAAAAAACUCAAACCAUUUAACAGAUAGUUGUUUUGAAAAUAAAAUCGACGAAAAAAAAACUAGCCAUUUAUCAUUAUGUUCAAUAGAAUCAAAUCAUUUUUUAAAUAGUUGUGUUUUAAAUCAAUUCGAUGACCAAAAAACUAGUCAUUCAUCAUUAUGUUCAAUAGAAUCAAAUCAUUUUUUAAAUAGUUGCGUUGAAAAUAAAAUCAAUAACCAAAAAACUAAUAAUUUAUCAGUAUGUUCAAAAAAUCAUUUAAAAAAUAAUGAUGUCACAAAACCAGACGAAGAACAAAAAAUUAACCGUUCAAACUUAUGUCCCAAGCCAUCAGUCCAUCAGUUUUUAAAAACUGGUGUUGAAUUUGACACAAAUUCAAAUCGACCGAUUUCAAAGAAAUCAGUUUGUAAAAAAAACAAUAUUUGUGAUUUCCUUUCAUCUCAGCCAAUUCCAGAAUGGAUAAGAUUAAACGAGAAUCUCAUUGCAUCAGAUGAUCUAUGCUGCCAAUAUGCUGCUCAAUCAUCAACAACAAAUAAUAGUUUAAAUAUUAUGAAGUUUUAUAAUUUUGAACGAAUAAUAAAGGACAACCAUGACUGCAAUGACGAUAUAGUUUACGAAAUUACACGGAAAUAACUUCAAAA